UUUCGAGGUCUCUGGGCACCGCCCCUGUGAUGACGUCACAAUAACGGGCGUCUCUUCGGUGGCGUUAAAGCCGGGUCUGCCGCGUUGUGACGUGAUAGAGCCCGCGGCCCCACCCACCGGUUUUCUCCGCCGGCACCUCCCUCUGUUCUCCCCAUGGGGCGGGGUGUUGCGAUGAUGCGGGGGCACGAGACUAAGCCGGCCCCCAGUGGAACAGAAUGCCCCCUGGUUCCAGCCUAUCCCACGGGCCGGCUCGGACGGCUCCAGCGCCACCUCCUGAGCGGCGAGUUCGACCAGCUGCGAGACUUCCCCAUCUUUGAGAGCAACUUUGUGCAGGUGACCCGGUUAGGAGAAGUCGCCAACAAGGUCACCAUGGGGGUGGCAGCCUCCAGUCCAGCCCUGGAACUCCCAGACCUGUUGCUGCUGGCCGGCCCUGCCAAGGAUAACGGAUGCCUGCAGCUCUUUGGGCUGUUCCCCUUGCAGUUCGUCCAGCUCUUCGUCCACGACGAAAGCCGCUGGCAACUCAAGGUCAAGUUCCGCACCGGCCGCGCCUUCUACUUGCAGCUGCGGGCCCCGGCCGAGAUCCGAGACCGCGAGUUCGGCCAGUGGGUGCGGCUGCUGUACCGCCUGCGCUUCCAUUCCGCCGAGGGAGCCGUGCCUUUCACGCAGGAGUACUCGACGGUGGAGGACGGGGAGGACGACCAGGACGACGAUACGAUAGAGCGGGAGGAGCUUCAAGCCAUGGAAGCCAGACUUGACCCACAGACCUCUGAACUCUGGGGACUCUGAUUCCUCCAAUAUCCGUAAGGUCACAAAAGGACCAGAGAUCAAAGUACCCUACCUCAGGGCCAGAAAGAUGAAUUAUUGAAGUUAAUAAAGAUCAGCCACUUAAGAACUUAAGA